GCGCCUUUUUUGCGACAGCGGGCGCUGAGGGGGUGGUGGCAGCAGCGGAGCGGCCCUGAGGGACCGAGGUGGUGGCGGCGGCGGGAUGGCUGGGUGUGCUGGGCCCAUAUACCUGUAACGACCAUUUUUGCUGCCGAGGAACGGAGCUUUGGGCGGGGAUCGGCUGCUGCGUGUGGGCCUGGUGCUGGGGGGAGCCGUGCCCGUGCUCGGAGGCCCCGAGAAGAUGCCGAUUUGGCACCUGCAGAUUCCAGGUUUCCUUGGGGGCAACGCUGCUGGUAAUUGCCAGGUGAUGGGAAAAAUUCGGGACCAGAGGAAGCAGACGAGGCAAGGUUUGGAAAUGUUAGUGGAGUGUAAGAAGGCAUAAUAAAGCAGUGAAGAGAAACUGAAGGAAGUACUAUAUAUCUUGCUGAUGAGACAACUGAUUCUGAAGUAACUGGACAAACUAGGUAUAUAUGUAGUAAAAUCUAAAAAGUAGGUUGAAAGUGCGUGGAAAGCAUGGGUUACGAUAUUGAACGUUUCGUUGGCUACGUUAAUGAAGGGCUCUUAUGUUCCAUCUGCCGUGAUGUGUUGGAAGAUCCACUACAGGCUCCUUGUGAACAUGCUUUCUGUACUGCUUGUAUACAUGGGUGGCUUGUUCAUCACAGUAACUGCCCCGAAGACAGACAAGUGAUUGAUGUGUCUGUGUUACGACCUUUGUACAGAUAUAUGAAAAAUGACCUGAAUCGUCUUCAACUACACUGCAAAAACAGAGAGUUUGGCUGUGAAAUGGUUUGCUCUCUGGAGUCUAUAGACCGGCAUGAAAGGGAGUGUGAGUACAGUCAGAUACCCUGCUCCAAUGCUGGCUGUACAGUUCAGAUCGAGCGACGUAACCUUGAUGGCCACUUGGCAGUGUGUGAAUAUCGGAGCCGGGAGUGCCCCAAUGGUUGUGGUUACACCAUUCUCAGUGCAGAAGACACACAGCACAAUUGUGUAGCAGAGCUGAGAACUGAGCUAGAACUACUUCGGUCAGAAAUGAUCUGCAGAGUGGAGGAAGCGAAGCAUGAGAUGGAGUCAAGAUUAGAUUCACAAAGAAGACAUAUGGUCCAAAAAGAGAGUGUUCUGCAAAAUGAAAUUGAAGAGCUCAAAAGUCAGAUGUCGCGAGUGAUGUCAGAUGUACGUUCCCUCAUGGCCGCAGAGAGACAGCAUCGACAAGAACUGGAGCAAGCAGAGCUGGAGAAACGGGAACUAAUGGAGCUGCUGAGGGGGCUGCAGAAGGACUGUCGGUUAAGUACUGCAGAAGGAAGCAGGAAGACAGCAAACUUCCGCCCCCUGACACGUCUAGAGAGUGCAAAACGAAAACCUAGGGAAGUUACAGUUAUCUAGAUACAAGUAAGCUCAAAAAGCAUUUUCUUCUUCUAGUUUCUGUGACCAUCUGGCAAACUUCUCCACUCUCCAUGAGCGACUGGUAAAUCAUUUCUGGUAUGUUUACUUUCCUCUUGGGUCAUAGGAACAAAUGGGAAACUUUUUCUCACAGAAUAUGGAGCAUUAUACCCAGUAAAUUAUAAAGAUACUUUCAGCUGUAUGUUAUCAUAAAGAAAGGGGAAGUUAGUUGAUUUGCAUCUCUUCAAUAUGUCAUUUAUAGAACUAUAUGAAGCCUGAAGACCAGAACAAGUCAAGAUACUUAAAGAUUUUUUUUCUUUUCAAUCCAUUAUUAAGUGUAGUUUGUGCAUAUACUUGAGAAAGAAAAUGUGAUUAUUGGUAAUGACAUUUGAGAUCUACUGAAUUUUGGGAGAGUCAGUAAUGCAAGUUAAUGGAUUUAUUCUUGUUGUUUACAUGGUCUGUGGGAGGUGUAUGAAGUAUAUUUCAAAGGUGAAAAGAAAGCACUUUAAAUUCUAAUUCUACUGCUGUGUAACAACUUCAAGUGAGGAUGACUUAGCCUCACUGCUUAUCUGACUUCCCAGGCUUGACAGAUACACACUUAGGAGAUACGUACCAAAGCCCAAGGUAAUAGCAUCCCCAAAAAACUUCUAUAUAGAUCUGUGUGUAACUUGGGGUUUGUGGGAAAAGGUCUUGCAUUUUAUAUAAUUAUUUGAAGAUUUUUUUAAGUGAAAGUAUCAGAUUUCUACCAGGUCCUUUAGAUCUAAGUUUGGUCCAUAGAGUACUCUUUAAGAGAUACAUACGUACUUUGAGUAUCUAAUUUUCUUUUAGCAGAUUUAAGGCUGCUUGUACAUUAAUAUCCACAAUUAGGGCUGUUUGCAUAAUGGCUACUUGGAGUGUUUUUAUUAGGGCUCAAGUCUGUAGCUGUGUAAGAGCUUCACAACAGAUGGACAAAUACUGAAUUAAGGGGCCAUGUGCCUGUAAAGGCUGUAAUACUCAUGAGAAAUCUGUAUGGUUUGAAGACUCAUUCUAUACUUCUCACAAAGCCUGUUUGUGUUGAUUUCAGUGCUAUAACUAAGCCAUAUUCUGUCUCCUGGUGCAGCUCUUCAGUGGAAUAACUAGGGAAGAUCCUGGCCUCCUGCUUACUGAGUACCUUCAAUCAGUUUUCAGGACAGCUGGGUGCAGGCACAACAGUCUUAAUAAACCCCUUCUCUAGUUUAGAAAACAUACUCAUUUCUGUGUCUAAUUUCCUGUCACUUGGAACAACACUUUUGUGGCUAAGAACAUAACCAGAGAGAGAGACUGCAACCUUCUUUAGCACAUUCAUUACGUGAGUUGGACUCGUGAUCUGUUUUCUUAAUUUCAGGCAUUAAUAAAUCCUUAUCACUUGCUUUUCCUUCAGAACUGCUGAUGCAACUGCACACAUCUUCCGCUUUUAUGCAUUUAAAACUAAAGUAAUUCUCCUGUAAAGGUUUUAUUUUGUUUUCUGAAGCUAUUCACAGGAAGAGCUAUGACCAAAUAUUUAUUUGGUUGUCACUUUACUCUUUUUAUAUCCUAGGUUGAACUACAGUCAUUGACAGUAUUUAGCUCAUUAUUAGCAGUCUCUUCCCGUUCAUGACAUAGAACCUCUCUUAAGCAGCCCUACUGAACAAAGUGAAGCAGUAGCUAUAAUUGGGGAGAAUUCACACCUAACAUUCAGUGAUCAAUUCCCAUAUGUCAGUGUGCAUAUUAGAGCUGUAGAUAGAAAGUAAGAAUGCUCUUAUUAUCUGGUGUUCUAGUUAAGAAAGCUUUUAGUGUCUGUUUCUUUUUUCUUUGGUGCCUGUUCACACUAACAUUCACACUGAUUUCAAGGCUUCUUAGCAACAUCAGAUUUCAUGCUCUUAGGAUCACCAUAUUUGCAGGGUGUGUUUUUCUGUGUUCUGUAAUUGUGUGGUUGUGUGAUGUGACUUGAACUAUCUUGCUUAAUGUGAAAGAAGAAAAUUCCUUCAACAUCCUGCUGAACUAAGAUGAGCUGGAUUGGGGUGCAGUAAUAAUAUCUUCCAUUCUGAACAGGAAAAAAACACAAGGAACUAGCUUUGUGCGGGAUCUCUGUGUUUGUUCUAAGAAUUUCAUCCUCUGAUUUCUAUCACUGAAUUUCUUCUAGUAUAGAAGAAAGUGUUUAUUUAUAUUUGCUGAGCAGUUGGUUUCUGUUUGUCCCAUAAGUGACACACAUGGAGUUAUGUGAGAAAACACAUCUUAGGAGGUAAGGGCUGACUUUCUGCUGCACAAUCUAUGGAGCUUCUAUUUGCCAGCUCUGGAGGGUCUGAACUUCCAGUGUUAAAAUGGGGCAGUGCUUUGAGCCCACUUGCUGCUGGAAUGACCUGUCAGCUUGGGUCUCCUUGAGCUGAAAGAAAGCACGUAGGUAUUUUAAAUGGGCUAUACUAGCUGGUAACAUAUGUUCCUUCUGGUUAUUGAAGACUGAUCCUGUUCCUCAGUGAUGGUAACUUGUCUGCGCUUCAGAUGUUCCUCUACUAGGGAACCACACACUGGGCAGUGCAUGUUAAACAUGGUCAUUGUUUUACCUGUUCCUUAAAAUUAACUCGACUGAAAUGAAGCAGCCCACUGUAAUAAUAUCUUCUCUAGUUUUACCUUUUCCAGUCUCAUGUCUCACACAGUUGAUAGUAGCAGCUAGCAGGAGUAAGGAAUUUUUUUCUUUCUUCUUUGAAAUUCUUAUAAAAGGAUUAAGUAAGGGUCCAAACAGUGUAGUAGAUGUUGUAAGUGAAGGUGCUCACUUAAAAGUGCUUCUUGUGACUGCAAACAAGGAUGUUAAAUAUUCUCAUAGUACAUCACAACACAACGAAUUCCAUUUUCUCACAGUUGGAACUGUGCUGAGAUCACACCGAACAGUUACUUGAGUGGACCAGAAGCCAUGCAAGCAGCUGUACUUAACAGCUACUACAGAGAGCAAAGGCUGGGUAGGCAGGAGUCUGGAAAGAACUGCAGGCUUCGUGUCUGCAGUUCAGCCUGAGAGCAGUGAUGCAGCAACAGCAGCCUCUGCAGCAGCUGGCUUACCAACACAGAUUGCUGCCGUGGGGCAUCACAAUUAAUAAUGUACCGUUAGAAUUAAAGGGAGAUUAAGUCUGUGUUCCCAACUAAAUGCAAUAGUACCAAAUUUGCAAGAAUCUCAGACAAAACUCAAAGAGAGCAAGUUAUUAAAUGAGAUUACAAGGAACAAAUCCUUAUCCUACGUUAAACUGGGUGAAAAUAAGAGUAAGGCUGUAUUUAAAGAAAUGAACACUUUUAAAGUGACUGGAAAUGCUUGGCUUUGAAAGGAAGGUCAACAUUUACCUACUUAGUCUGAAGACUUGUAAGAUACCAGUUAAAAGUGUUUUGAAAUUACUUCCCUUAAACUGGUUUCUCCACUUGAGUUGUCAAAUUCAAGCCAAAAUACUGCUUCCUCUGUUUCCUUUGUGGUUAAAGCUACAUGCUCGUUCUCCUGCACUCCUCCUAAGGCAAAGCUUGUCAGUGGUCUCAAGUCAGGGUUGAACCACUGCUCCUAGGGUCAGGUUAUUUUACUUGGGAAUAGUUGGGAGUGCUUCUGCUAAGUUUAGCUGACAUAGAAUGGAGAACCAUGCACCUGAGUCAGAUAUGAGAGUUGCAAAGCAGAAUUCUGCUGGCCUUGCUCAUAAAGAUGACAGGUUUGUGUACAACUCUAGUACUAGAUUAAAUGUCCUUUAUGAGGUUUGCUUCAUGCUACACAAUCACACAAUUGCUGAGAUUAGUGUGGACCUCUGGACGCCAUCUGAUCUAAGCCCCUGGUGAUCCCCAUGUUCCAUCCCCAUGGAACACCCAGCACAGGGUGCCCAGGGCCAUAUCCACAAAUGCAGGACUCUCUUGUCAGGGCAGAAGGGAAUGGAAUUACACAUGCAAGCAAAAUACCAAAUACAUUGGAGAGUUUUGACUGGGAUGAAGUGUUUAAAUCUGAAAUGCUUUUAAGCAUUAGGUGUUUUUUAGAAAUUCAGUGUGUUAAUAGACCCCAGUCCUUAUAAUAUAUAAUAUAGACAGUCUCAUAAAUGAAAUUUUCCAUACAUUGCCCUCUUGGAUGUUUCUGGUAUGGUGCUUUUCUACAGCUGACUUACUUAAAAGUGCUGGAUAGUAUUUAAAAGGAGCAGUGCUGGCCUUUCUUGUGUGCUGCUCACAGGACGAAGUACGGUAGGUCAGGGAGAUUUUACCACAGAUAGAUGCCUUUAUAAAGACCUACAAUUCUAUGCAACUUUAUAUAUUAACAAAUAAACACUGAAUUGUCUUCCAGCAUUAUGGUUCACUGCCAGCCUAGUUACGUUUUCUACCUUUAUAAAUACAAGGAUAAAACAGUGCUUAACAGACCCUAAUCUCUAGUCUGUAAAAGAAACAGUAUUUGUAUCACUUUGAAGUACAGUUUGUAUAAAAGUUGAACUAAUAAAGGGUUAUACCAUAACUAA